ACACGUUAGUACUACACUGUGGAGAAUAUCAUACGGUCACGAGACAAAUGGGGACAUUUCGGAUUUUAGUUUUCCUCACUUUCGUCUCAACAGGAUUACAAAAUGUUGAUUCAACGUACACUUACGCAGCGGAAAACGCACUUCGAAAUCUGAUCUUCACGAUAAAUUCUUACCAGAUACAAGCCAGGCCGACGGGAACAGUGGAAGUUAAUAUCACUCUCAACAUCAUCACCUUUAACUCACUGGAUGUCCGUAACCAGGCAUUGACCACGACUGGAUACUUCAGGCUGGCGUGGAGCGACAGAAGGCUGGACUGGAGUAACAAAACGCCAUACAACUCGGAUAUCAACGCCAUUUACUCGGAUGAAGACACGAUAUGGCGACCUCCUCUCAUACUAGAAAACUCGGUAAAUGAUAUAUCGGUUAUGAGUGACGACUCCAUUCCAAUACGGGUGGCAAAUGAUGGAACACUCUCUUGGACACCGUCUGGAAUAUACACCACACAGUGCGAGACUGACGUCACCUUCUACCCGUUUGAUACCCAGGUGUGUGACAUCAGUAUAAGUACAUGGGGGUAUACUUCAUCUGAAAUAACUCUAAACUUAGAUUUACCACCUGUAGAAUCCACAUAUUUCAAGGAAAAUGGUGAAUGGAGAUAUAUAUCAUAUAGCACAAGCACUACAAAUAGAGGGAGGGGAGGCAACUCAUUUUCGUCUGUGACUUUCCACUUGACAUUAAAACGUCGACCAAUGUACCAUAUACUCAAUACAUUGACACCUACUAUACUUUCUGGCAUUUCUGAGUUGUAUGGCGUUCAAACUUCCUGCCGAGUCGGGAGAAAGGAUAGGCUACUCGUUGACUGUACUGUUGUCGUACGCAGUGUACCUGACUCUGGUGGCAGACAACAUCCCAACAACUUCCGUCAACACAUCUCUGCUGUCCGUGUAUCUUGUAUUCAUCUUGGCUCUAGGAAUGAUAUCUGUCCUACUGACAAUACUGGUUCUGGAGUGCCAUCAUUCAGAUCCGGAAACGGAAGUUCCAAAUUGGUUGCUGAAGACUGUCAAUGUACUGAUGAUGAUAACCUUCCAGAAAAGAAAAGGAUAUUCCCGUUUCUGCUGUUGUUUAUGUGUUAGAAACAAAAACAACAUUAGAAGUAUUGACACGUCGAAGGAGACACCACACAAUCUCAAUAUGAAAUCGAAGUCCACGACAAUAGAAUCUGUACCGGAGAAUAAGGGUAGUGAAACAUUACCUGACUUUACUUGGAUGGAAGUUGGAAGGCUGUUGGACAAAAGCUUCCUGAGGAUGUUCCUUUUUACAGUUCUCAUUGUCACCUUUACCUUCAUGACUUCACUUGGUAUUAGCUACGCCAUACAUUAAUACAACAGCACAUGAGCUCGACGUUCAUUGUAAUCACUAAUACCAACUUCAAAGACAUGCAACGAUCUUCUAACACUUUUUUUGAUCGUAAAAUCACAGAUAACGUAAUGGAAAGUGACAUCAUACAUACGUGAUGUUGGCUGGUUAAAAAGCCACAUGCAUUUGAUUUUCACAAUUAAAUCCGUUCUUCCUACUAACUACUUAUCGUUAUGGAGGUAUGUGGUAGCUAUGGAGAUUUGUGGUAGUUUUGAGGACUGUGGUUGUGGAGGUAUGUGGUAGUUACGGAGGACUGUGGUUAUGGAGAUAUGUGGUAGUUACGGAGGACUGUGGUUACGGAGAUGUGUGGUGGUAACGGAGGACUGUGGUUAUUGAGAUGUUUGGUAGUUACAGAGGACUGUGGUUAUAGAGAUAUGUGGUAGUUACGGAGAACUGCGGUUACGGAGAUGUGUAGUAGUUACAGAGGACUGCUGUUACGGAUAUGUGUGGUAGUUACGGAGGACUGUGGUUACGGAUAUGUGUGGUAGUUACGGAGGACUGUGGUUACGGAAAUAUGUGGUAGUUACGGAGGACUGUGGUUAUAGAGAUGUUUGGUAGUUACGGAGGACUGUGGUUAUGGCGAUGUGUGAUAGUUACGGAGGACUGUGGUUACGGAGAUGUGUGGUAGUUACAGAGGACCCUGGUUAUGGAGAUAUGUGGUAGGUACGGAGGACUGUGGUUAUCGAGAUGUGUGGUAGUUACAGAGGACUGUGGUUACGGAGAUGUGUGGUAGUUACAGAGGACCCUGGUUAUGGAGAUAUGUGGUAGUUACAGAGGACUGUGGUUAUAGAGAUAUGUGGUAGUUACGGAGAACGGUGGUUAUGGAGAUGUUUGGUAGUUACGGAGGACUGUGGUUAUGGAGAUGUGUGGUAGUUACGGAGGACUGUGGUUACGGAGAUAUGUGAAGUUACGGAGGAUUGUGGUUUUGGGGGUAUGUGGUAGUUACGGAGAACGGUGGUUAUGGAGAUGUGUGGUAGUUACGGAGGACCCUGGUUAUGGAGAUGUGUGGUAGUUACAGAGGACUGUGGUUGCGGAGGUAUGUGGUAGUUACGGAGGACUGUGCUUAUGGAGAUGUGUGGUAGUUACGGAGGACUGUGGUUAUAGAGAUGUUUGGUAGUGACGGAGGAGGACUGUGGUUAUGGAGAUAUGUGUAGUUACGGAGGACUGUGGUUACGGAGAUAUGUGGUAUUUACGAAGGGCUGUGGUUAUGGAGAUGUGUGGUAGUUACGUAUGACUGGUUAUGGAGAUAUGUGGUAGUUACGGAGGACUGUGGUUAUGGAGAUAUGUGGUAGUUACGGAGGAGGACUGUGGUUAUGGAGAUGUGUGGUAGUUACGGAGGACUGUGGUUAUGGAGAUAUGUGGUAGUUACGAAGGACUGUGGUUAUGGAGAUGUGUGGUAGUUACGGAGGACUGUGGUUACGGAGAUGUGUGGUGGUAACGGAGGACUGUGGUUAUUGAGAUGUUUGGUAGUUACAGAGGACUGUGGUUACGGAGAUAUGUGGUAGUUACAGAGGACUGUGGUUAUAGAGAUAUGUGGUAGUUACGGAGAACGGUGGUUUUGAAGUUAUGUGGUAGUUACGGAGGACUGUGGUUAUGGAGAUAUGUGGUAGUUACAAAGGACUGUGGUUAUGGAGAUGUGUGGUAGUUACGGAGGACUGUGGUUACGGAGAUGUGUGGUGGUAACGGAGGACUGUGGUUAUUGAGAUGUUUGGUAGUUACAGAGGACUGUGGUUACGGAGAUAUGUGGUAGUUACAGAGGACUGUGGUUAUAGAGAUAUGUGGUAGUUACGGAGAACUGUGGUUAACGGAGAUGUGUGGUAGUUACGGAGGACUGUGGUUACGGAGAUGUGUAUUAGUUACAGAGGACUGCUGUUACGGAUAUGUGUGGUAGUUACGGAGGACUGUGGUUACGGAGAUAUGUGGUAGUUACGGAGGACUGUGGUUAUGGAGAUAUGUGGUAGUUACGGAGGACUGUGGUUAUAGAGAUGUUUGGUAGUUACGGAGGACUGUGGUUAUGGCGAUGUGUGAUAGUUACGGAGGACUGUGGUUACGGAGAUGUGUGGUAGUUACAGAGGACCCUGGUUAUGGAGAUAUGUGGUAGGUACGGAGGACUGUGGUUAUCGAGAUGUGUGGUAGUUACAGAGGACUGUGGUUACGGAGAUGUGUGGUAGUUACAGAGGACCCUGGUUAUGGAGAUAUGUGGUAGUUACAGAGGACUGUGGUUAUAGAGAUAUGUGGUAGUUACGGAGAACGGUGGUUAUGGAGAUAUGUGGUAGUUACGAAGGACUGUGGUUAUGGAGAUGUGUGGUAGUUACGGAGGACUGUGGUUACGGAGAUGUGUGGUGGUAACGGAGGACUGUGGUUAUUGAGAUGUUUGGUAGUUACAGAGGACUGUGGUUACGGAGAUAUGUGGUAGUUACAGAGGACUGUGGUUAUAGAGAUAUGUGGUAGUUACGGAGAACGGUGGUUUUGAAGUUAUGUGGUAGUUACGGAGGACUGUGGUUAUGGAGAUAUGUGGUAGUUACAAAGGACUGUGGUUAUGGAGAUGUGUGGUAGUUACGGAGGACUGUGGUUACGGAGAUGUGUGGUGGUAACGGAGGACUGUGGUUAUUGAGAUGUUUGGUAGUUACAGAGGACUGUGGUUACGGAGAUAUGUGGUAGUUACAGAGGACUGUGGUUAUAGAGAUAUGUGGUAGUUACGGAGAACUGUGGUUAACGGAGAUGUGUGGUAGUUACGGAGGACUGUGGUUACGGAGAUGUGUAUUAGUUACAGAGGACUGCUGUUACGGAUAUGUGUGGUAGUUACGGAGGACUGUGGUUACGGAGAUAUGUGGUAGUUACGGAGGACUGUGGUUAUGGAGAUAUGUGGUAGUUACGGAGGACUGUGGUUAUAGAGAUGUUUGGUAGUUACGGAGGACUGUGGUUAUGGCGAUGUGUGAUAGUUACGGAGGACUGUGGUUACGGAGAUGUGUGGUAGUUACAGAGGACCCUGGUUAUGGAGAUAUGUGGUAGGUACGGAGGACUGUGGUUAUCGAGAUGUGUGGUAGUUACAGAGGACUGUGGUUACGGAGAUGUGUGGUAGUUACAGAGGACCCUGGUUAUGGAGAUAUGUGGUAGUUACAGAGGACUGUGGUUAUAGAGAUAUGUGGUAGUUACGGAGAACGGUGGUUACGGAGAUGUGUGGUAGUUACGAAGGGCUGUGGUUAUGGAGAUGUGUGGUAGUUACGUAUGACUGUGGUUAUGGAGAUAUGUGGUAGUUACGGAGGACUGUGGUUAUGGAGAUAUGUGGUAGUUACGGAGGACUGUGGUUAUGGCGAUGUGUGGUAGUUACGGAGGAGGACUGUGGUUAUGGAGAUGUGUGGUAGUUACGGAGGACUGUGGUUAUGGAGAUAUGUGGUAGUUACGGGGGACUGUAGUUACGGAGAUAUGUGGUAGUUACGGGGGAUUGUAGUUACGGAGAUGUGUGGUAGUUACGGAGGACUGUGGUUAUGGAGAUAUGUGGUAGUUACGGGGGACUGUAGUUACGGAGAUAUGUGGUAGUUACGGGGGAUUGUAGUUACGGAGAUGUGUGGUAGUUACGGAGGACUGUGGUUAUGGAGAUAUGUGGUAGUUACGGGGGACUGUAGUUACGGAGAUGUGUGGUAGUUACGGAGGACUGUGGUUAUGGAGAUGUGUGGUAAGAUAUGGAUUUGUUUCUUCCAAGAGUCUCACUAUUGACUACAAGUAUCCGUUUUCUUUUCCUUAUUCCAUGCCAGAAUGUAUAUAUCUAGAUAUUACAAGAUGUACAUAUGCUAUAUUUGUUACACAUACUUACCGAAUUACAAAGAUUAUCAUCAAAUUAUAAUUUGGGCUGCACAAUAUUGAAAACUUCAUUCGAUGAUCCAUUUUGGUACUGACUUUUGGAAGCAAACUGGAAAAGCUAAUAAGUGACGUCAGAGCGUCCAAGAAAUAAUUCAAACUAACUAAGGGUGAUUCUGUUUUUUGGAAGAUUUGUAGAUAUUCUACCUCUCAUGUUACCCUAAUUAUGUAUGCUUUAUCUUCGGAAUUUAUAAGGAAUGAACAAAAUGCCUGCAUUCACCUUCGGAUAGUUUUUCAUGUCAUCAGGAAUCAUUGCCACACUUCUCAUUUUACGUUAAUACUAUAUUGUACUUUAAUAUUGUAUUUGAAAAGCUUGCUAGCUGUGAUAAAAAUAAGCAUUGUAUCAGUUUAUAGUAUACGCCGCAACAAAACUAAAUGUUAUGUUGCUAUGAGCUAUUAAACUGUUAUGAAAGUUAAUCGUAAGAUGGGGGAAAUCUAGAUGCCAAGUUAAAACAAUAUCAUAAGGGGAGAUAGUUGUUUAAGACAUGUCAUAUGAUAUGCUAAUGCCAUAUCCAAGGUAACUUAAUAGAUUCAAACACGACAUUCAUCUGCUGUAUUGUGAUAUAUCAAUGUGUAGUUUCAAAUGCGUUACUCCAAUGCGUCGGAUGCUGUGGAUUGCUUUCUUGUUAUAAAUAAUGUUUAUUGCUAUUUAUGGUUAUUCAAUAUAUUUACACAUUGGCAAUUGAUUUCAUUUCAUUAAAAACAUAUACUUCAUACUUCAUAUUACAAUAUUGCCCCCUUUUUAGUUUUAUUUUCUGAGGUAAUAUGGAAAACAAAAACAAAAAACAAAAAAUAAAAAAUUGGUUUUAUGCUUAUGUUUUUCAAACAUGCUCGGUUGUGCAAUUGCUUAAUUUUCAAUUAAAUUGUAAUGAAUUAUUGCCUUUUCUUUCUAUCGUAAUUCAAAUGAAUACUCUAUAAACACUUAAAACACAGAUUAAUCCAUGCACAAAAACGAAUGUUAAGUUAAGACAUCCUAUGUAUGUAAAAUGUGUCUAUUUACUCAGUUGUCAUAUGUUGACAGGAUGUUGAAGAGAAAUAUAUUUCUUGUAUACGCCAAGUGUUGUAUAUUCUCUUUCCGUUUUCGUAAGGACAUCUCACCGAGUCCAGUGUUUUCGUCAGUGAGACCUAACGUCUUGUUAACAACACUUAUGUGAUAAACUAGACAUAUCGGGUAGACCUGCAUUCAUGACACUGUGAUCAUUGCAAUAUUAAGAGAUUUGCUGGCGACUUCGUAUCAUCAGGGCUAACUUGUCAGAAAUAGAAUCGGGUGCACACUCCCUUCUCUGAAAUUAUAUACCGGUUGUCUUGUUCAGAUGACAUAUUUUAUUAACCUCAGUUGCCGUUUGUCAUCCCUCUAAAUCGGGGUCUUUCCGGUAUACGCUGUAGGUAACUGUUGCUGACUUGGUCUUUGAUAGUGACGUCUUUUUUUACUAUGCUGUGGUAACUGCUGUUAAUUGUUGCUGGCAAGUUCUGUGAUAGUGGCGUCUUUUGGUCUUAGUAACUGGCAUGGUCUUUGGUAGUGUGAUGAUUUAUGGUAAAAUUGUUUUUAGUAAAUGUUUCUUCUCUGUCUGAUAGAAUAUCCUUGGAAAUGUUUCAGCAGUUAUUUGUCAAUUAUUGGCUAUUAAACAACCAUAAUUUGGAGCAAUUUUUCCUUAUAUAUAUAUCAAUGCGUUGAUGUACACAGACAAACAGCAAGACCAGAUGUUUCCGUGAUGAUACAAAAGUUUCUAAAUCAUCAUCUUGAUAAAAUAAAGUUGCAAUGAUACCUUUCCUUAGUUUACAACCCAUGAUUUUAAGGCACUCCUUCACUGAUAUUAUCAAAAUGCUGGUAUUAAAAAAUUAUAUCAACUCAAACGUUAUAUGUUUUAUACAAUACCAACGAUAACCUCCUUUACGAUAUUUCCACUCCGAAACGCUGGAGAUUUUCUUAUAGCAGUUUAAAUCAAAAUUGAAUAAAUAUUUAAAUCCUUGCCCCUCCUCUGUAAUUUGUUAAUUAGUUUGGGUCUUUAAAGCAAUCGCUUUUCUGACGAUUGGGUUUUUUGUAUUGAUAUGUAUAUAUUUAUAUAUCAUGGUUUUCACUUGGAGGAAUUUCGUCCCAAGCAGUAUAUACACAGUCGGCGCUAUAACAUCUUUAUUCUAGUAUUCAAAGUCGGACGCCUAUUGGAAUUAGUUAUUAAUUACAAAGUUGAAACUCCUUAAAGGACCGUGUGGGGUUUGUGAUCAAAUGCUGUAUUUUACCAGUUGAUCAUACGUCAACUAGGCAAAAAAAAGUACAGUAUCGCGUUAUUUGAAUAUAUACGUGAAUAUUAUAAAUCAUAAAUAUAAAUACUAUUACUACCAACACGGCGAAUUAUUCUUGUCGCAGUGUAUAAAAAGCAUAGACAAAUAGUAUUUGCGUAAUUGCGACAACCAUUCUUCUAGGAGUGUCACUAUAUAAAGCACCUAUAGCAGCUAUGGAUAUUACAUAUAAGGUCUACUUGUGUUAUUGUUGUGUCUUCUGAACUGAUAUGUUGCAAUGCAGUGGCGUAGCCAGAGUAGAAACAAUUUGGGAGCAAUAUUCCCCACUCGGCAAAGCAGAACGACCUACUCUUCUAGGUAGGUCCAGGGACAUGCUUCCCCGGAGGAAAAUGAACAUGGAUCGUCUGGUG